GAAGAGAAACACGAGGGACACGAGGCGAAGCCCGGAUAGCGCGAUGCUUGCGAUGCUUGAGCUCGCGCGUAACGCCUCCAGGGCCUUCUGGACGCCAGACGUCUGGCUGCCACCGAACGUCACCUGGGACGAUGUAGCACCAACGCCACGCAACAACUACGCCGAUUACCGGCACUUGUUUUAUCCCCUGCCGAUGGCCUUGGUGCUCCUCGUCAUACGAUACGCCCUCGAGAGGUUCUGCUUCGCACCACUUGGAAAAAGUUUAGGCAUUAAGACAUCACGAGCGAAGAAGGCAACUCCUAAUCCUAUAUUGGAUAAAGCCUAUGGUGGCAAGAAGAUUAAACAAAAACAGAUUAUAUCGCUCGCUAAGCAAUUGGACUGGAGCGAAAGACAAGUAGAACGCUGGUUGAGAUUGAGACGUGCUCAGGAUAGACCCUCGACACUGACAAAGUUUUGUGAAAACAGCUGGCGAUGUUUGUAUUAUACAUACUCUUUCCUCUUUGGUGUAUUUAUUCUGUGGAACAAACCAUGGCUGUGGAAUAUCAACAAUUGUUAUUACAAUUAUCCUUAUCACCCAAUAAGUUCCGAAGUAUGGUGGUAUUAUAUGAUAUCGAUGGCAUUUUAUUGGUCGCUAAGCCUUUCUCAAUAUUUUGAUGUUAAGCGGAAAGAUUUUUGGCAAAUGUUUGUACACCAUAUAGCGACUAUCGUUCUCAUGUGCUUUUCCUGGAUUGGUAAUCUAACAAGGAUCGGCUCUCUUGUACUUCUAGUUCACGAUUGUGCGGAUAUUUUUCUAGAGGCAGCAAAAAUAGCAAAAUAUUCAAACUAUCAAAAAAUUUGUGACUUUAUUUUUGUAAUCUUUACGAUAUUGUGGAUCGUCACAAGAAUGGGCGUUUUCCCAUUUUGGAUCAUCUACAGCACCUUGAUCGAAGCACCAAAGAUAGUGCCGAUGUUUCCAGCAUAUUACAUUUUUAAUUCUCUGUUGAGUCUAUUACUGAUACUUCACGCCUUCUGGACUUGGCUUAUUUUAAAAAUAGCUUACAAUGCAUUUUAUGCUGGCCAGAUGGAAGGCGAUAUUCGUAGUGAUAGUAGCGAAGAAAUUUCCGAAGAGCUCAAUGGAGCAACAACAAACAAUGUUAACCACACCAGUAAGCCUAAUGUAAGGCAAAAACAAAACUAGUGUAAGUAAUUUAUCGUCGUCGAAGCGAAUGGGAAAAAGUAUUACACCGAUUAAGAGUGGAUGUGUUGCUUUUGGCAUUUGAGUGACGAAAAAUAUGGACUAAAAUAUAAAGAUUAAAAUUUUGUAAUUAAA